AUGAAAAGUAUGGUGAAAGUUCCAAAGGUACUUAAACCGGAUUUCCGCCGUUCAGUUACAAAGGACAAAAUAUCAACUCCCAUUUCCAUCCCUGUCAAAUCAUCACCUACGAUUUUACCACCAAAAAAAGUUAUCAAAGCAUUAUACGAUUAUAAAGCAGCUGCUUCAAAUGAAUUAUCAUUUUCAAAGGGAGAUUUUUUUCAUGUUGUUGGUAACGAAAAUGACCCCAACUGGUAUGAAGCAUAUAAUCCGGUUACAAAUGUGAGAGGGCUCGUUCCAGUUUCAUAUUUUCAAGUAUUAGAAAAAAGUGGUCGGUUGAGCGGGGAUCAUAAAUCAGAAUCAAACGCAUUACUUGAUGUUCAUAAUGCGGGUCAGAAACCCCAGCCGUUAUAUGGCAUCGUUCUCUAUGAUUUUGUGGCGGAGCGUCCAGAUGAAUUGGACGCCAAAGCCGGAGAGCCGAUUAUUGUAAUUGCCCAGUCAAACCACGAAUGGUUCGUUGCAAAACCGAUAGGUCGUUUGGGCGGCCCAGGUCUGAUUCCAGUAGCUUUCAUAGAAAUCCGGGAUCAUGCAACUGGAAAAGCAAUAGAAAAUAUUCAGGAGUUAAUGGAUAAGUCAAUAGUUCCGAAAGUUGAAGAAUGGAAAAAAAUGACUCAAGACUAUCAGGAAAAUAGUAUUUCAUUGGGUCGCCUGGGCCUUUCAGCAGACUCCAAAUUAGCACCCGUUGGAAUGGAUCCCGUUCCGGUGUCAUAUAACCCUAAGCUAGCUCCAGUGUCUUCCGCACCUUUCGACAAUAAACUCGGUUUGCAAGAUUCUGCGCCAUAUGGGAGUUUAGAUUUUUCCACAGGAAGCUUCGACAAAAAUUCAGAUGCUUCCGAAACUUUGCCAACUAGUCCCACGCAACAAUCCGAUUUCGAAGAUUCAGAGUCGAACCCUCAAGACGAUAAAAUAAUUUCUGCUUCGGUUGAGAUGUACCAUUUCGAAGAUGAAAGGUAUUGGUUUCUGGUCCGUAUUGGAUUGGCUUCAGGCUGCUUCCGCCUCUUAUACAGAUUAUAUGAGGAUUUCUAUGAAUUUCAGAUCGCGCUUCUUAAUAAAUUUCCCGUAGAAGCAGGUCGCACUGGGGAACAACGAAUAUUACCAUUCAUGCCAGGUCCACUUUCCUAUGUUAAUGAUAUGAUUACCGCUCAGAGAAGAGCCGACCUGGAUGUCUAUGUUAAGGAAGAGGGUGAUAUCGAAACACCAGUGGAUCCUAGACAACCAAAUGACAUCUCGUCGGCCUUGGAUGCAUCUCCGGUUGAUCCAUCAAUGUCAUAUUCAACAAAUCAAGAAAAUCAGUCAAUAUCGAACGGGUUGUACAAACAUGACAGUAAUCCCUCUUUAUCGGGACAAUCUUUUAACAAGUCAUCUCAUGCUCACGAUGAAUCCCCCAAAAAUGCAUCUAACUUAUCCGAUACUCCGAGUAUUAUAAAAGUUAAGAUUUUAUACAAGGAUGAUCUUAUCGCAAUCCGUGUCGCCUCAAACGUUUCCUACGCGCAACUCCGAGAGAAAAUAUACGAGCGCCUCGGAGGACAUGUGACAAACUUGAAAUAUCGGGAUGACAAUACUAUGGAACUCCUUGCACUUGAGGACGAUAACGACCUAAGUCACGCAAUAGCAACUUGUCCAAAAUUAUUACUUUAUGCAGAGUAG